AUGCUGUCUCUCUUGCUGGCUCGUCGCUGUCUUCCACGACGCCUGGCCUGCGUGCCACGUCGAUGGCACAGUGCAGAGGCUCCCUUUGAGCAUCUCAACCCUGUAACAGAGCAGGACGUCCAACAAUUCGCCAGUAUCCUCCCUCCAUCCUCCGUGCUCUCCACUUUACCACCGUCUUCUACCGCUGCUUCCGAAUUAGACCAAUACAACAAUGAUUGGAUGGGCAAAUAUCAUGGCAAGUCUACAACAGUACUCAAGCCCAAGACAACACAACAAGUCAGCGACAUUGUCAAACUGUGCUGGGAACGGCGCGUUGGUAUUGUUCCUCAGGGUGGUAACACGGGUCUGGUCGGUGGAAGCGUCCCAAUUCAUGACGAGGUAGUCGUCAAUCUAUCGAACAUGAACAAAGUACGAUCAUUUGAUCCUGUAUCCGGUAUUCUUGUCGCAGACGCUGGAUGCAUCUUGCAAUCCUUGACAGAUUAUAUUGCGCCGCAUCACCACAUCAUGCCUUUAGACCUAGGGGCAAAGGGCAGUUGCCACAUAGGAGGGAAUGUCGCUACAAAUGCUGGUGGUCUUCGGCUUCUACGUUACGGCUCACUACAUGGCUCCGUCUUGGGCAUCGAAGUUGUUUUACCUGACGGGACCAUCCUCGAUCAACUCACUUCGUUGCGCAAGGACAACACCGGUUACGACCUGAAGCAGCUCUUCAUUGGCGCAGAAGGAACACUCGGAAUCAUCACCGGUGUCUCUAUCCUUACUCCUCCAGCACCGCAAGCUUCCAACAACGUAAUAUUGGCUCUCCCUCAUUUUGAUAACGUUCUUCCAUUAUACAAGGAAGUGAAACGACAACUAUCUGAAAUUCUCUCUGCCUUCGAAUUCAUAGAUCGCACAGCCUAUGAUUUGGCUGUCAAGCAUGGCCAAGGACGGGGGCUGACCGAGGAAGAAGUUGACGGCGCCCAAUGCUUCGUCCUCGUUGAGACUAGCGGUGGACGACGAGAUCAUGAUGAAGAGAAAUUGAACGAUUUACUGGAAUCAUUGCUCGGAGCUGAUCAACCUCUCAUCACAAAUGGCGUGCUUUCGCAGUCACCUGCUCAGUUCUCAUCCUUAUGGUCGUUGCGAGAAGGCGUAACUGAGGCCGUUUCAAAGGAGGGCAAGGCCUACAAAUAUGACAUCUCCGUACCAUUAUCAACGUUCAAGCAGGUCGUUGAUGUAACACGAGAUCAUCUGAGAAGCAAAGGACUCCUUCACGACGGCGCUGUGAAGCACGUUAUUGGGUAUGGACACGUUGGUGAUGGCAACCUCCAUCUCAAUGUGAUUGCUGAGCAAUAUACGGACGAAAUACAAGAUGCCCUGGAGCCUUUCAUAUAUGAGCUUGUUGCAUCUCACCGUGGCUCGAUAUCCGCCGAGCAUGGUAUUGGUGCCAUGAAGACUCAUGCUCUGCAUUUCUCGAAAAGCGAUGUCAGCAUAGCGCUUAUGAAGCAGAUUAAACAACUUUUCGACCCUCGGGGCAUAAUGAAUCCAGGGAAAGUGAUCGAGUUGUAG